AGGGUCAAGAAAGGAUGUAGGAAGAAGAAAAGCAUCUCGGCUACAGUCCAAGGUCCAGCACCCCCAACACCACCAAACACUCACGCUUCUACGUGUACAAUACCGUGGCCACUUUUUUUAUUUAUAUUCAGACCCCAAAAAAUAAAAAACACUAAAAUCAACUACACCUUUUAAUUGCUCCGAAAAGGAUCUCAAUCGUUUCUCUCAUAUUUCUCUCUCUCUUGGCUGCCCGCCUUUUCUGUUUCUUCUCUCCGCUCCAUUCGUAGCGAAAGAUUCGGAUUCCAUCUUAAACGACAUGGGUCCGAUCGUUUUGACUCAGGUUGCGACCGGCUUGAGUGUCUUGGCCGGAGCGGUGUUAGUCAAAUCGGUCAUGGAACAGAAGCCCAUGGCCGGCCCCUUUCAGAGAUGCCCGACUUGCAACGGCACGGGUCGUGUCACGUGCAUUUGUUCGCGUUGGUCCGAUGGAGAUGUCGGUUGUGGGACAUGCGCCGGGUCGGGUCGCAGGGUGUGCAGCAGUUGCGGUGGGUCAGGUACGGGCCGGCCCAUUCCUGUCCAGAUUUCUGUACGUCCUCCAAAGAACCGGAGCUCCUAAUAAACCGAGUUUCGGCUUGUCAUGAACCAUGACAGCCUCAAAAGUCCGUCUUGUAUUUUUAUAUUUUUUUCUUUUGAAAUUUAAUUAUGUCAUAUAAUAGUGGAAAAGAGAGAGAUGGAGAAGUUAGUAAGUUGUAAUCUCUUAAUGACUCUUAUUAAUACUUUUAACAUUUUCCCUGCUUGUAAUGAAGAGAUUGUUAUGUUGUAAUUUCGUUGCUUAAUUCAUUUUAAAAGGGGAAUCCCCCAGUGAAUGCAUUGGGGGAUUUCAUAGCUGUAAAGAUGUACAUUAUUGGGCAAGAAUCCCAGGAAUAUAAGAAAUCUGGUCUCUUAAAA